CCACUAGCUGUUUUUCAUCCUCUCCUUCUCUCUCGUUUUAUAAUAAUCGACCAUCAAUGCAGACUCAGUCAAGUCGCGACAUUCCACGUUUCUACUGCCUGGAAUGACUAAGCGUGCCUCCGCGUCCUUCUCCACUCCAAUUCCUCCUUGACUCGUUUCUUCCUGGCCUCUCAAUUCUUGUCCCUUUUUUUAGUUGUCUGGCUGUGAUAUGCAGUCUCUUCUAUGAUUGCUGUUUUCGUGGUCCUUGUCUUCUCAUAUCUGGGUGGCCUCCAUCGCAACGACCUGGCCUCUUACUAACAAUUGCCCCCACCGUUAUAUCCCCAGCCGGCACUUGGCACUUGGGAACAUCAUACCCCCCGUUCUUUCAGUCGCCUCGCGCCUUUCUUUUGCGCAGCGUUUCGUUCGCGUCAUCUUGUCUACUUCCUAGACUACUGCGAUCUCGAUUACAUUCUCGGAGCCAACAUGACGCAGCUUUUCGCCUCCAGUCCGUCGUCGGCGGUGACAAACAACAACGAGAAGCGUGGGAUUUCCGGCCUCUCUCUUCCCUCCCGAAAACACUCCAACGAAUCCAGUCACCUUCCGACGAGAAUCAAGAACUUUUUCCGCAUCAACAGUUCAAGCAGCCACUCCUCGCCUGGUACCCGCCCUGGAAGCAACGAGCCCGAACGAGACCGGGACAGCCAUGGCAGUUCCGCCAAGAACGAGAAGUCUGCCUUCAGGCAAUCCCGAUUUAUGCCCACCAUCGGCCGCAAUCGUUCGACCACCGUUGCCAGUGAGGGUAACCCCCUCGACGAUAGCAUGUCGCCUACCGCGACCGCCAACCCGUACUUUGCGCACCAAGGCCAACCCGCAUUACGGCAUCGCAAUGAUGGGUCUGUGCCAUCUUCUCCUCCUGACACCCCUGAGUUGCAGGUCACUGGGGUCUCCGCGGUCGAGCAGGCAACUACCGCAAACAAGGAGGAACUAGCACGCAAGUUGCGCCGUGUGGCUUCUGCUCCGAAUGCCCAGGGGCUAUUCACAAGUGGUCAGAAUGGGGAGCGCCCUCAAACGGCCGAGAUGGGCAAGGAGCCUCUGACGGAACAGGCCGGUUCAGAUAAGGAUGAUGUUUUGGCUGUGCCGACAAUUGGUGCUGAUAACGCUUCUUUCCGUCGGACGUACAGCUCCAAUUCUAUCAAAGUUCGAAAUGUGGAAGUUGGCCCUGCUAGCUUUGAUAAGAUCAAAUUGAUCGGAAAAGGCGAUGUUGGCAAGGUUUAUCUGGUGCGCGAGAAGAAGUCGAGUCGUCUCUAUGCCAUGAAGGUGUUGAGCAAGAAGGAAAUGAUCAAGCGCAACAAGAUCAAGCGUGCCUUGGCCGAACAGGAAAUUCUGGCUACCAGCAAUCAUCCUUUCAUUGUCACACUUUACCACUCGUUUCAAUCUGAAGACUAUUUGUAUCUCUGCAUGGAGUACUGUAGUGGUGGCGAGUUCUUCAGGACUCUUCAAACUCGCCCUGGCAAGAGUAUCUCUGAGGAUGCUGCUCGAUUCUACGCUGCAGAGGUUACUGCUGCGCUAGAGUAUCUUCAUCUAAUGGGUUUCAUCUACCGUGACUUGAAGCCAGAGAAUAUUCUGCUCCACCAAUCUGGUCAUAUUAUGCUUUCAGAUUUCGAUCUGUCAAAGCAGUCAGGCCCUGGAGGAGCCCCGACGAUGAUUCCCGCACGCAGUGGUGGCGGAAACUCCACCACGGCUUUGCCUACCAUUGAUACCAAGUCAUGUAUCGCUGACUUCCGCACAAACUCAUUCGUUGGAACGGAAGAAUACAUUGCUCCCGAGGUUAUCAAGGGAUGUGGUCACACCAGUGCUGUGGAUUGGUGGACAUUGGGUAUCUUGAUUUACGAGAUGCUUUAUGGCACUACCCCAUUCAAGGGCAAGAACCGAAAUGCCACGUUUGCCAGCAUCCUCCGGGAUGAGGUGAACUUCCCCGAACACUCGGGUGUGCAACAGACAUCACACCUGUGCAAGUCAUUGAUCCGCAAACUGCUAAUCAAGGAUGAAACCAAACGCCUGGGUGCCCGCGCUGGAGCAUCUGAUGUCAAGACCCACCCCUUCUUCCGACAGACACAGUGGGCUCUCAUUCGUCACAUGAAGCCACCUAUGAUUCCCCACCAGGGUCGUGCCGGCACGGACACUGUGAAUUUCCGCAACGUCAAGGAGAGUGCCAGCGUAGAUAUUGGCGGCACAGACGCCACCAAGAUGAAGGGCGUUCCGAUGGAUUCGGGCUUGGCAACUCCGAACGGCGAGCUCAACGAUCCCUUCGAAGAGUUCAACAGUGUCACUUUGCACCACGAGGGUGACAUGUAAACUCAUGCGGUUUUCGUUUCCCUUUCGAUGUCUAACUUGUUUCUUUUAUUCGAUACACGAGGGGGACAGCUGUAUAUGCAUCGGCUCGCUGACGACCUAUGAUGCAUUAACGACUGUAUUUAGAUGUUUUCUUUUCUUUUUUUCCAUUGCAAUCCUCGUUGGGUGUAUGGAGUGUUUCGGGUCUUUUUUUUUUUGGCGGAUCUAUCCAAGCUUUUUCUCGUUUCUUUUCAUCCCAUUACUAUGCCUGUUGAUCCUGUUUCCUUGCAUUUUUCAUUUCCCUUGUCGAAAGCCUUGGAUCACUCUCGGUUUUCUCCGUCAAUCCGGGUACCACAUGGCAAAAGUUUCUUGGCAUUUACAUUGCCAUCCAUUGCUCGUGCCAUGGGCCUUGAGGUCCUUUGGUUUCUGCGUGUUUCUUUGGAGAUUGUGACAUACAUUUGCUCUACUUUUUUUUCUUCUUUUUUUUGCAGCGGACGGCGUUAUGGAUUACUCUUUUGUCGUUUUCGGGUUACGCUUUCAGCGUGGCACUUGUAGGGAUCAGCUGAUUAUUGUGAUUUUUUCAAAUUUCAACCGUUUCAAGUUACAUGGAUACUACGGACUGAUUCUUCUACGAUACUUUGACGUUCUAUGUUUCUCUCAUCUUGUCAUUUGUCUUGAAAGUCUUCAAUGCCAAGGAAAUCUGAGCGUGG